UCCGCAGGGCCACACUGCCCAACAGCUGAUCGCCGCGUGCGGUUUUCCGAUUGGAUUUUCCUUAUUUGGCUUUCUCCCACUUCCGCAAUGGGCAAAAACACGAAGCGCAACAAGAAGGCCAAACAGCAGCAACAGCAGUCCGGAGCUACUGCGCCCCCAUCAGGAUCGCAGAAGGACCCCUGUGCAUUAUUGACCGUUUUAAGCCCCAGCCAACGCCAGGCCCUAAAUAAAUUAGUGGGCGAACUCAUCGACUUGGUGAAGCAGCAGCCCGCGAAUCCCAACGAGGAAUGGAGACAGUACGAGGCGCUGCAGAGGCUUCUCGUCGAGAUCAUGGCGCUCGAGGAGCCACUCAGCCAGGCCCUGUGUCCGGACGGCAGCGAUUCUCCCGACGAUCGCAGUCGGUUGGCCAAAGUCGAGGCCUUUAGCCUGUGGGCCAAUCGCGGUGGAGUUCGCAGCGAAGGUCUGGAAAUAGCCACCUUUGCGGGCUACCAACUGGGAUUGCGGGCCACCCGGCCGCUGGAGAAGGACGAGCCGGUGAUCACGGUGCCCCGGGAUCUCAUUUUAGCCGAGGACGUCGUUGAAUGGCACAAGUCCGUCAACCUGCCAAAGCUCACCUACCUGUAUCUGGCCUACGAUCUGCUCAUCGAGAAGAUUCGCGGCGAGUCUAGCGAGUGGCAGCCGUACCUGGAUGUCCUGCCCGCCAAAUACAACACCGUGAUGUACUUCAGCAGCCAGCAGAUGGAGCGACUGAGGGGCACUGCUGCCUGCUCGAUGGCUCUGCGUCAGUGCCUCGUGAUCGCCAAGCAGUACGCCAAACUGUACUGGGGCGUCCACGUCCUGUCCGACGGAAUCAGGAAGGAGGGCUUCGCCUUCGCGCAACGAGGACUCUGCUACAAGCUCUUCAGAUGGGCCGUUUCCACGGUGAUGACUCGCCAGAACCUGGUGCCCAGGACACGGCAUCUGAGCAGCCAGGAGCAGCCGACACAAGUUGAGAGCGCCAAGCCAAAUACCGAGCUGAUCUCGGCCCUGAUCCCGUACUGGGACAUGGCCAACCACAGGCCGGGCAAGAUCACCUCCUUCUACGACGAGUGCCGCCAGCAGCUGGAGUGCACCGCCCAGGAGCCGUGUGCCGCCGGAGAGCAGUUCUUCAUCUACUACGGCGAUCGCUCGAACGCCGAUCUCCUGGUGCACAAUGGCUUCGUGGACGUGGACAACCGCAAGGACUACGUGAACAUCUGCGUGGGCCUGAGCCGCACGGACGAGCUGGCCGCGCGGAGAGCCCGAAUACUGGACAAGCUGGGCAUCCUGCACAACGCGGAGCUGCGCGUGCUGCCCGCACCGGAGUUCGUCUCCCGGGAGCUGCUGGCCUUCGUCCGCGUGUUCAAGAUGAGCGCCGAACAGCUGGACCACUGGUGCAGCGACCUGGAGCGGGCGGGCGACCUGCUGCACAUCGACUGCGCCUUGGAGACGGACCACGAGACGCGCACCUGGCAGUUCCUGGAGGACCGACUGAAGCUGCUCCUGGCCGUUCUGGACAAGCAGUCGCGGGACGACGAGCCACUGAGUCCUCAGGAGGGACAGGAGAUCGAGUUCAUGCUGCAGCAGUACCGCCGCCUGGAGAGGAGCAUCCUCUCCGGAGCCCUGCAGUACGCCCGGGAGCAUCGCAAGGUCUAGCGACUCCUCCAGUACUUCACCAUGGAACACAUCACCCACACACCAACACACACACCCAUAAACACACCAACACACACAAUUCAAGUGGCCAUCGACAGCGACAUCAAUAACUCAGUCUAGCAUUAGCAACGUUUUUUUUUUUCUACCCUAACUUAACUUAUUCUAAUCGAGAUUUUCUUUUAGUCGAGUGUUUCUGAAGUUGAAUACCAAACUAAUUUAUAAACCCACAACGAUCGAUUGUGGUGAAACGAUUCUACACUCAUAAUGUACGUCAAGUGUCGUCUGCGCAUUCUAGUUUGUAGCGUUUGAUUGUUUUAUGUUUGUUUAUUUUUAUUUUUUACGAUAACAGUUUUAGUAUUUUGGAAUUAAACAUGAAGUCAAGCACAGCAGGAGCCCUUAA